AUAUGUAUACCUUUAAUUACAAUAAUCUCGCCAAGACAAUCAAAAAUAAACUAAUUAAGAUCUAAUCGGUAAGAUAUCUUUAUUUAAUAUAUUUUUCAUUUGUAAUUCGUCGCAAAAUUGUUUUUAGUGGUCGUCCAUAAUGGCAGCGAUAUUAGCUUUCGUUUUAUUAGUCAGUGUUUUAUCCGUAUCAGCGUUCCUGUCAGCUGAAAAUGUGAAUAUCAUCGUUGUGGAUUGGAGUACAGGCGCAGGCGCUAUCAAUUAUUAUACGGCUGUCGCCAAUACCCUUACUGCUGCUCAAAGCAUCGCUCGUUUCAUAAACUGGCUGAAUGAGAUGACAGGUGCUUCACCUACGCACUAUCACGUGAUCGGCCACAGUCUCGGUGGUCACCAGGCUGGCAUGAUCGGACGUUACGUGAACGGAAAGAUCGCGUAUAUAACUGCACUAGAAGCAGCAUUGCCCGGUUUCGUAAAUAAUGCAGACCGAUUCCGACCUGACGAUGGUGCUUACACAGAAGUUAUUCAUACCAACUCCGGUGUAUUUGGCUUCUCUACUACACUGGGACAUGUGGACUUCUAUCCAAAUGGUGGUUCCAAUAUGCCUGGGUGUAAUAGCAGCGAAUGCGACCACGCAAGGUCUUAUUUCUACAUGGCCGAGUCCUUAAUCACUGGAGGAUUUACCGGCCGUAGAUGUGGCUCAUUCCUUUUGGCUACUACUGGAAACUGCUUUUUACCAGGAACUCUCAGAAUGGGUGGUUUAGUUCCGAAAACUGGGUAAGAUUUUGUUUAACUUUAAAACCUAAGACUGUUCUAAGUUCCAGACACAUGCACGAGUAAUCAUAUCGUUCAACUUUGUAUAU